AUGUUCUCCGUGACGUCGACGUUCAACUUGAAUGCGAGGUGCGAGGAGGAGUCGUCGACCAUGGACGUCUCGACACGAGUCAGACGGUUCGUGUCCCCGACGGUGCUGAUGAACCAGACCCACUACGGGUACAGGAACCGCAGCUACGACCCGAUUCUGGACAUCGAGGAGAAGCCGAUAGAGGCUUGUCAUUCGUUGUACUUCCUCCUGGACUUCUUCCAUCAGUACUACAUCCCCUCGAUCAUCCUGCUGGGCUUGGUGGGCAACCUGCUUUCCUGCAUAGUCUUCCUGAACACGCACCUGAGGAUACGCAGCUCCAGCUACUACCUGGCCGCCCUGGCCACCGCUGACUUCGGUUUCCUGGUCACGUUGCUUCUGGUGUGGCUGAACAACACUCUGGGAUGGAAGGUGUUCAACAAGGACGGCUGGUGCGAGACCCUGGUCUACGUGAGCGCUGUCUGCAGCUCCCUGAGCGUUUGGCUGAUCGUCGCUUUCACCAUCGAGAGGUUCAUAGCGGUUCAAUACCCGUUGCACCGACCCCACAUGUGCACCAUCGCCAGGGCGAAGGCGAUCGUGCUGGUGCUGGUGAUCCUGGCUCUGGUCAGCCACUCUUACUCCUUCGUUACCGCCGGUGUCGUUCCCAACAAGGACGGCGAGGAGUACUGCGACCUGAAGGUCGAGUACCUGGAGACGAUGAAGAUCAUCAGCAUCAUAGACAGCAUAGCCAGCCUGAUCGCCCCGCUCGUUCUGAUCAUCGUGAUGAACACCAUGAUCAUGAGGAAUUUAUUGAAGUUCAGCAGACGGUUCAGAGAGACCUCCACCACCUUCACCGACUGUCCCAGCAGGGAACGGUCCGAUAUCAACCUGAAUCAGAUCCCGAGUGCCAGCAGCAGUAACAAUGGCGCUGGCGGUAUCAAUCUGGGUCCAAUAGUCGGAGGUCGGAGGCCACCCUCCCAACAAUCAUUUCACUCGUCGAAGAACAACCAUUCCCAUAAUUCUCGACAACAGACCAACUCUGCGCCACUCUCCACGCCGCGGAAUGCCUGCCAGCUGCCCGAAGUAGCAUCCCGGUGUAUACAUAUCAGAUCUUCCUCGCGGAAUCUCGUAUCGACGAGGAACCAGCAGAGCAUCACGAAAAUGUUGCUUCUGAUAAGCACCGUCUUCGUUCUUCUUAAUUUACCGAGCUACGUGAUCCGACUCUGCGUGUUCUUCUUCACCCUGGCGCGCAAGAACACGCCCGAUCUGCUCUGGUGUCUGCAACAGUUCUUCAUGCUGCUCUAUUACACCAACUUCAGCAUCAACUUCCUACUGUACGCGAUGUGCGGGAUCACGUUCCGUCGUUGCUUGCAACAGCUGUUGCGCAAGGUGCUGAAGAGCAUGACCAGGUACCAUUGCAAUCCACAGCGAUACAUAUAG